GGACGCCUACCGGUAUUGCCAGCGCGGCAGUGGCGGCUCUCUCGGUUCCGUCCAGCCGGGUUCUGUAAGGCGAGCUGAGGCGGAGAAAAGGGCGCGGAACUGGAAGCGGGUGAGUCAGGCGCUGGCUACGCGAUAAAGGGAGGCGGCACCGCGGCGCGGGGCUGAGUUGGGUAAGUGCGGCCCCUGCAGUCUCUUCAGGGAGAAGGCGAGGAGAGGGCGAGGAGGAGCCCGCGCCCGGUCCGUGCACCCGUUCUCGCCCUCGUACCCCGCCGCCAUCUCCACCAUGCAGUCCCGGGAAGAGGCUCCGCGCCCCCGCCGCCUGGCCAGUCCCCGCGGCGGCAGGCGGCCCAAGAGGAUCUCCAAGCCCUCGGUCUCGGCUUUCUUCACGGGCCCGGAGGAGCUGAAGGACGCGGCUCACUCCGCAGCCCUCCUGGCGCAGCUCAAGUCCUUCUACGACGCGCGGCUGCUGUGCGACGUGACCAUCGAGGUGGUGACGCCCGGCAGCGGGCCCGGCACCGGCCGCCUCUUCCCCUGCAACCGGAACGUGCUGGCGGCCGCGUGUCCCUACUUCAAGAGCAUGUUCACGGGCGGCAUGUACGAGAGCCACCAGGCGAACGUGACCAUGCACGACGUGGACGCCGAGUCCUUCGAGGUGCUGGUCGACUACUGCUACACGGGCCGCGUGUCGCUGAGCGAGGCCAACGUGCAGCGCCUGUACGCGGCCUCCGACAUGCUGCAGCUCGAGUACGUGCGGGAGGCCUGCGCCUCCUUCCUGGCCCGCCGCCUCGACCUGGCCAACUGCACCGCCAUCCUCAAGUUCGCCGACGCCUUCGACCAUCAUAAGCUGCGAUCCCAGGCCCAGUCCUUCAUAGCCCACAAUUUCAGGCAGCUCAGCCGGAUGGGCUCAGUAAGGGAGGAGAGCCUGGCGGAUCUGAGCUUGGCCCAGCUGCUGUCCAUCCUGCGCCUGGAUAGUCUAGACAUCGAGAGCGAGCGGACCGUGUGUCACGUGGCCGUGCAGUGGCUGGAGGCGGCUCCCAAGGAGCGCGGACCCAGCGCUGCGGAAGUCUUCAAGUGUGUCCGCUGGACACACUUCAGAGAAGAGGAUCAGGAUUACCUGGAGGGGCUGCUGACCAAGCCCAUUGUGAAAAAGUACUGUCUGGACCUUAUCGAGGGGGCCCUGCAGAUGCGCUAUGGUGACAAGCUGUGCAAGGCUCUGGUGCCCAAACCAGAUAGCAGCAGCAGCUGUGUUGUGCCCACAGCAGAAAACCCACCCCAGAGGCUGGGUAUGUGUGCCAAGGAGAUGGUGAUCUUCUUUGGACAUCCCCGAGAUCCCUUUCUGUGCUACGACCCAUACUCAGGGGACAUUUACACCAUGCCAUCCCCUUUAACCAGCUUGGCUCACACCAAGACUGUCACUUCCUCAGCUGUCUGCGUCUCUCCAGACCAUGACAUCUACCUGGCCGCGCAGCCCAGGAAGGACCUCUGGGUGUACAAGCCAGCCCAGAAUAGUUGGCAGCAGCUGGCCGACCGCCUGCUGUGCCGGGAGGGCAUGGAUGUGGCCUACCUCAAUGGCUACAUCUACAUUUUGGGUGGGCGAGACCCCAUUACCGGUGUUAAACUGAAGGAAGUGGAGUGCUACAGUGUCCAGAGAAACCAGUGGGCACUGGUGGCUCCUGUACCCCAUUCCUUCUAUUCGUUUGAACUAAUAGUGGUUCAGAACUAUCUUUAUGCUGUGAACAGUAAGCGCAUGCUCUACUAUGACCCGGGCCACAAUACAUGGCUGAACUGUGCUUCUCUUAAACGUAGUGACUUUCAGGAAGCCUGUGUCUUCAAUGAUGAGAUCUACUGUAUCUGCGACAUCCCGGUCAUGAAGGUCUACAACCCAGCCAGGGGAGAAUGGAGGCGGAUUAGUAAUAUCCCCUUGGACUCAGAGACCCACAACUACCAGAUUGUCAAUCAUGGCCAAAAGUUGCUCCUCAUUACUUCUACCACCCCUCAGUGGAAAAAAAACCGGGUGACUGUUUAUGAAUACGAUACUAGGGAAGACCAGUGGAUUAAUAUAGGUACCAUGUUAGGUCUUUUGCAGUUUGACUCUGGCUUUAUUUGCCUCUGUGCUCGUGUUUAUCCUUCCUGCCUUGAACCUGGACAGAGUUUUAUCACUGAGGAAGAUGAUGCACGGAGUGAGUCUAGUACUGAAUGGGACUUAGAUGGAUUCAGUGAGCUGGACUCGGAGUCAGGAAGUUCAAGUUCUUUUUCCGAUGAUGAAGUCUGGGUGCAGGUGGCACCUCAGGGAAAUGCACAGGAUCAUCAGGGUUCUUUGUAAAUAUUUUGAAGCACUAAGAUGUUUCUACUUCUAUGGAAUGUAUCUUUAAAAGAUAUCCCUUCCUUUUCAUGAAAAAAAAAAUGUUGAUUAGGACUGCAGAUUUGGUUUAGAAAGGGUAACAUUUGAAUUACUAAUGUAAUGUUACAAAGUUAAACAGUCCAUGAAAUCAACCUAUAUGAUAAUUUAUUAUGCUAAAAGUCAAGAUUAAAAUAUGCAAAAACAAACUAUGUAACUGAUUAGAAUGCUUGGUGGUUUCUUGGUUGUUCGAGUAUUUGUUGCACCAGUGGAUUGUUUUGGUUAGUUUACACUGUUUAUAUUUUGAUUAUCUACGUUUGUCUUCUGUUAACGUUUUAAUUCAACUUAGUGCCACAAGGAAUUUAACUUUUUAAUUUUUAUAGUAGAAAAUUGAACUAGAAAUUGUUGGUAGGGUUUUGAAGGUUGUAUUUUCUUUUAGAAUAAUGAAAGUAGUAGAUUUCCCAAAUUUUGAACUAGCCAGUUUCUAGUAUUAUAAGUUACUAUCGUUUCUAUCGUUUGUUAAAUUUGGUGUGGUUUUCUCCCCUUCUGCAAAGAAAAAAAAUUGGUUAUAUAUAUAUAUAUAUAUAUAUAAAUAUAUACAUCCAUCCAAAUAGGGAUUUCAUUUUGAUAAUGUGCAGAAUGGUCUUAAGAGCUCACAGAAAGUAAAAAAAAAAAAAAAAAAAAAAAAAAUCAAGACUCCACUGCUUUAAAAGAAAUUUCACUUUCAAUUUUGGAAUAUAACAUGUAUUUCCUGAGUGCGGCCAUUUUUCUGUCUUAAAAAACAUUCAUUCUAGUAGUGUCAUCAAUUAUUUAAACACCCUUCUAAACCAAAAGAAAAAAGGUAACUUGCUUUGUAAGAUCAUAUUUUUCAUCUAUACCUGAUACACGCUUCAUUGAAUCAAAAGGAACGAUCCUUUUUUUCACUGGACAUGUGAUUGAGUAAUGUAAAUGUUUAUCCAUUGGUCAUGACUAGUCUUAAACAGUGUAUAUGCUUUCGUAAAAUAUUUUUGGCUGUAUAGUUUCGGUUUUCAUCUUAGAGGAUUCUUCAGCAGGAAGUGAUAUAUUCUUUACUGCUUUUGUGAGGUAAUACUGGUUUUGAAAAUAUGUUUAAGCUGAAAAGAGUAUUUUAUUGAGGUCAGUCACUGUCCAUCAACUAUAAAAUUAAAUGCCAGCAGAGACCUUUAAAACUUCAGGCUGUGUAUGGAACUGUUUUGUGUAGCAUUGAAAUGUUCUGUUGAGUUUUGUAAGUCACUGUAUAUGAUUAUCAUCCCGAAGGUAUUUUUGUAUUAAAAGUUGACAUCUAAAGAACAUAACUGGAUGAUGCCAUUUGGGGCCAAUAGGGAAAGUUUAUUUCCUGUAAAAUAUUUCCCUAGCAAUGGUAUACAUGGUUAUUUUAUUAGGGUAUUUGUAUCUGUUCUGUAUUUCUCUGUGAACCAUGCUCCGGGCUUUGUGGGGUUUUGUUUUUGUUUUUGUUUGUCUUUUUGUUUGUUUUUGUGUCACUAUAAAGUAAGGGAAAGUCCAGAACUAGAGACUGAGUCACACAAAACUGAUACCGUUAAAUACUGAGAAACAGAGAUACUUACCUUUUUAAGGGUCUGUUAAUACAUAUGAUUGUCACAAAACACAUCCAUGAUAAAUGGUGUACAUAUAUAUAUAUAUAGAUACUUACAGGUUAUAAAUUUUUCUAAACUGA